AACAGAAGAAGCAUAAACUCUUGCAAUGGCGGGACGCGAAUUAACAAUAACGCCAACCAAGCGGGAGCGCCGCAAAUCGCCAGCAAUGAGCUUUGCAUCCCCUUCCGGAUGCGCAUCCGACAGCGGCAGCGUACAGCCGCUACCAAUGUCGCCCACCUCAUCCGUGGCAGACACGACAUUUGAGCCAACUAUUGAUAUGAUGGUAAAUGACUUUGACGACGAGGCGACACUGAAUGAAGAAGAGGCACUCGCGGAUCAAGAGGCGCAUAAUCCGGAAGAUGAGAUAGCGACACUGCGAGAGGAAAGUGAGAUGCCCAUCGAAGAGUUGCUGGCCAAGUACAGUAGCAUGACAAAUGCCGCACUGACAACGUCUCCAGCCGCCGGAACAAGCAGCUUUAAACGUUCCACCAGCAGCAGCAGUUCCCGGCGCAGACGUGCAACGAAGCGACAGUACCAGGAGCCGGAAGUUGGCAACACAACAGCAACAACAACGUCUGUCGAGGAAACAACGAGUGUUGUGACUGACAAGGAUGAGCCAGAGGAAUCUCUGGCUGCUGUGUCGGAUUGUGCAUCACUCAAUGCAGCUGUCGUGGACACGGAUGAAGUGCCAGGAGUAUUGCCGCCAGAAGUUAACAAAAAGCAACAUCGCUCACACUUGCUGGACUUGUAUCCAGAUGAAUCCUUUGGCAGCAGCAGUGCCCAACACACAAUGGAGCAACUGGAAAGCUUUACGCCACUGCAGACGCUCUUUGAGGAAAUAGAGGCCGGUGAGGGGGAGGAGGAGGAGGAGGGGGACAGUGACACCGAUUCGGAUGAUGCGAGAAAGAUAAUUAUGGUUGGAGCCGAUUUUCAAGCUGAAAUCCCUGAAGGUCUCUCACUAUAUGGCGACGUAUUGCCCUAUGAGAACGAGGAUCAGUUGAUUUGGGAGCCAAGUCAAGUCAGCGAACGUGAAGUGGAGGAUUAUUUGGCCAAGAUACAAGAGACACGAUCGCUGGCCACACCGCCGGAGGAAGCUGUCCUGGCUGAGGGUGAAGAGAUCGCUGCCGCCGGCAUAGAAGCCAAUGUGUCAGCCACAGUGGCUGCCACAGCUCCAGCAGCAGCAACGGUCAGUUCAUCCGACCUGGAUGCGGUGGUCAAGGAUAAUGAGCAAGCGUUGCAUCUGCUCGUCCAGUGUGGUUACGAUUUCAAGGAGGCACUGCGUCGCAAACGUUUAAAUGUGCUGCCGCUUAGUGAUACCAUGAGCAGCUGGUCCGAGGAGGAGUGCCAGAAAUUCGAGGAGGGCAUACAGAAAUUUGGCAAGGACUUUUAUCAGAUACGUCAGAAUCAGGUGCGCACAAGAACAAUGCGCGAACUGGUACAGUUCUAUUACCUGUGGAAGAAGAGCGAGCGUCGGGAUCAGAGCUUUGCUCUCAACGAUACCAUCGAUCACAUGGAUGUAUUUAUCAACGAAGUCGUCGAUCGUCCGGGCAAUGGGAUGGGGACUGGGAACAGUAAUAAUAAUGGGAACAGUAGUAAUAAUAAUGGGAACAGUAAUAAUAAUGGGAACGGGAAUGGUAAUGGCAGCUGCUCCUCACACACGAGCAGCUGCAGCAGCAGCAAUGGCCACAGCAAUGGCAACGGAAACGGAAAUGGGAACGUCGCCAACAUUGAUCACACACUCGAAAAAGAUGCGGUGACUGUACGCAAAUCAACAACGAAAAAUUACUCGAUUAUGACAGGCGGUCAAGCGGGAGGAGGAAGUGCAUCGGGUACUAAUCGCAAGCGCGGUGCUUCCUUUGCCCUGGAAGAGCAUAACGAUGAUCAGGAAAAUGUCGUCGAUAGCUUAAGCUAGAUCUAAACAGAGUUAUAUACAUAUAUAGAUUGUCAUCCAGGGACAUCGGAGCAGCAUUUGAGCCAAAUGCGCAGGCGCUUUCGACUCAACGAUUAAUUAAUUAAGUUCAAAACAAAAA